AUGAUCCAUGUCGUCCUUGUUAUUUUUUAUGCCCGUCACUGGGAACACCAUGUAACUUUCUCCUUCACACCAACAAACAACGAUUUUUGGCCUGUGGUGCUGAGUGCCUCGUUACAAGCGUUUUAUACUGACUUGAUCCAGAUAUACACGGCCGUUCUACUUUUCCUUACCCAACAGCUUGCGAUUUCGAGAACACUUGUACGCCGUCUGAAACUGACUGCCAUUCACGACAUCUCCGGCGCAUGGGCAGGCCUUGGCUCUGCGCUCAGUAGCGUCUGGCGACAAACCGACAUCCCCGCCUCGUGGUGGACGACUUCUGCUGUGGCAACCUACCUUGCCAGCAUAACCGUGCUACAUGUCACCUCUUCCACUCUCCUACAAUUUCAAACUUUCAAUACGUCUAUGACGACGUCGGUGCCAACAACACUAGGAUGGCUAGACGAUUCAUCGUACGGCUCUUUCGCGAACCUGGGACUCGUUACCCCCGUCCCUACCAGUUGUCAAUCAUUUGACUGGACUGCAGGAAACGCAACUGUGAACGCGACGACGGUAACCUCGCAUUGCGGAUUGAUUCCAAAUGUGACAUACUCUGCGAAUACCAGCGCCGCAAUCGUUCCGUUCGGGCCAGAUUCUUUUCGCGUGCUUAAUGCGAGCACUCUCUGGCCAGACCAGAUACAUAUAGUUCCAUGGGUGGAAUAUGAAGAUCCUUACAAUGAAGUCAUGGAGCUCAAUGGUGUCUACCUCAUGGUCUCCACAUUAUUGGAGGUCGAGCCUUCAGUCCAAGAUGAGGUCGCCGUGAACAUGACUUGGGCUAUCCCCGGCGUUGUCACUCCAUACGUCAUCCAGGUCUAUUUCGUGCAAUGCUCGCUGUCAGCAAACACUACAGAUGGAGUGGUCGACAUGCAAACCAACAGUCUUCUGAGUUCCACGUCCAUAUCGCAGCCAUCCACGCAAUGGGAAAUGAAUCAAUUCGAGUGGUCGAAUACUAGUUGGCAGGCCCAAAUCGGCAGUGCUUUGGCUACCCCGGACAGCAGCAGCGGGAUUAUAUUUGGCGGUACACCUUCACAAAUCACCGAACUUUCUGUUGCGGACGAGUAUAUCAUGUCAUUGGUAGGCUUGAAUCUCACCGAUGAAUAUUCACAAUUCCUAUAUGACGAUGCUCGUCCGAUUUCCAAUUUCACUUUGAGACCGGAUGAACUAGAAUUUGCGGUUGCAAGAGCAGCUGCACAACUCAUCUGGAUAGCGGGCCAAUUGGGCACAUCCAAUGGAGGAAUUGAGCUCGGCAAUGGGACGGCCUAUGUCAAUGAGGAGUUCAUUGCCCUACGUCUCAAUAUCAACCUUCUUCCUUUGGCUUUCGCGAUAUCUGCAUCAGUGAUCAUGCUGGGACUGGCGCUACACAUGACAGGAGCAUUCGAUGCAUCGCACGACAUUCAAGCUGCUAUCCCGAACAUAGGUGUAUUGCAACUCUUGUGGUUGGGUCAUCGUUCAGCCUCUAUCAAUGAAGUCCUGGAAGAUGUGCAGCAUCCGACAGAGGCCAAUCUGCGACGAGCAGGCAUGAUAGAUGUUUGCCUUACGAAGACAAUGUCUGACGAGGAGGAGUUGGGAGGUUCAACUGAUGACGGUCUCUCCUGGUGAGGUCGAUCACCAUCAUAACGACGAGAUGUGAUCUGGGUUCGGGAAUAGAGGGCUGGCAGGCUGCGGCUGCUCAUUGAUGUUCGAAGAAUUUCUACGCGACGCGCGUGCCGGCAUCUCUCAUGAGGUAACCCGCCGAGUCACCACAAGGAAGCAUUGCUGCGUUCUGUGGAAGGGUCCGUUAUGUAAAUUAGUAACAUUGAUGUCGUUGCGUUGACCGUGAUUCGUGAUCCUCUUUGCGUCAGCCUUCAACGUUAACCUUCGAUCGCUGGCUGACGUGGCCUACUAAGCCUUUUGCAGGCUAAGUUGAUCGCAAUUCGGAUAGCGAGGACUAUGUUUCAAACUUUUGGACCAUCGCCGCACCGUCGAUGGUGCUCAGAGUCAUUGUGUAAUGGGCCGAAUCAUCGACUCAACAGCGGUGCCGAACCGUGAC